GUUCAGUACUAAUUAUCCAGCCGUAGAUUAUAGAAGUGCUCUGUGUUCCACGGAAAAGUUUUAUAGCGUUUAUAUUACGGCGAGCAUAUUCUGACCAGAAGUUCGUUUUGUGUAUUCCAACUUAGUAGUUCCAUUCGCAGUAACGCUUUGUGAUGUCUUGGUACUACACCCCUCGCCCUACCGUGUAUCCCGCGGAAGAGUUCGACGCUGCGGCAGAUGCGGCUGCUCUGCGAAAGGCAAUGAAGGGGUUCGGCACUGAUGAACAGGCGAUCAUCGAUAUCUUGUGUGCGAGAAGCAACCAACAGCGUCAGGAGAUUACGGAAGCUUUCACUAGAGAAUUAGGCCGGGAUCUAAUUGAAGAUUUGAAGUCGGAACUCGGUGGAAAGUUCGAAGAUGUUAUUGUUGGCCUCAUGUUACCACCGGAGAAAUAUCUCUGUAAACAACUGCACAAAGCAAUGGAUGGAGUCGGUACCAAUGAAAAGGCCCUUAUCGAGAUUCUUUGCUCGUUGAAUAACGAACAAAUCAAAGGGGUUGUCGACUGCUACGAACAAAUGUACGAUCGCCCCCUGGCCGAGCAUUUGUGCAGUGAAACAUCCGGCAGCUUUCGGCGAUUGCUUACGAUGGUCAUUGUUGGGUCUCGUGAUCCGCAGGGAACGGUAGAUCCGGAUUUGGCUGUCGAACAAGCUAAUCAAUUGUAUAAUGCUGGCGAAGGUAAACUUGGAACGGACGAGCAGGUAUUUUACAAGAUUCUUGCUCACGCCAGCUUCGAUCAGCUAGAGCUAGUGUUCGAAGAGUACAAAAGUUUGACGGGUCGCACCAUUGAACAAGCUCUUAAGACAGAGCUUAGCGGGGAGUUGUACGAUGCCCUGAGUGCCAUUGUCGAAUGCGUACAGAUGGCACCGCAUUUCUUCGCUAAACGUUUACAUAAGGCUAUGGACGGAGUAGGAACUGAUGAUGCGACACUGAUUCGAAUUAUUGUGGGACGCGCUGAAAUUGAUUUGCAGAACAUCAAGGAUGAAUUCGAGCAAAUGUACAAUAAAUCAUUGCAUAGCGUCGUUAAGGACGAAACAUCUGGCGACUACAAACGUGCCCUUCUAGCAUUGAUCGGUAAUGCCUAAAAAGGGUCAACCAGUUUGCCUAGUAGUGCUAAAAGCGACGCCAGGAAGAUUUUUCUAUAUGCAUGCUGUAAGCCUGUAUUUUGAGGGCGUAGCGCUCUCUACAUAACUUUCUCUGUGCAAAAAUCUAUAUGAACAAAACCCAUCAAAUUAACUGCCAAAUCCGGGGAUAAAUCGGAACAAAAGGCCUUGAAUCUCAAAAAGAUACAAAACGCUCUAACUUAUAUAUUUGUGUUAGUUUAAAAAAAAGAUCAUUGCGCAGCUUGCAAAAUAAAUGUAAUACAUGCCUGCAUGUGUGCUUAAAUAAAGACGCACUCUAUUUCAGUGCGGAAACAUAAACAUGCCACCAAGGAUGACAAAUAAACGAACUGUUUGUUCCAAUGGGUGCAAUAAAUUUU